AUGACCGCCUUGGAAAACGUCAUGGUAGGCAGACAUGUGCGCACUGGCUCUGGUUUGGUAGGCGCAAUACUGCGUACGAGCGGCUUUAAGGCUGAGGAAAAGGCCAUAGCCAAGCGAGCCCAAGAAUUGCUCGACUACGUUGGCAUUGGUCAGUACGCGCCUUACAAGGCACGCACCUUGAGCUAUGGAGACCAGCGUCGUUUGGAAAUAGCCAGAGCAUUGGCCACCGACCCGCAACUCAUAGCCUUGGAUGAGCCCGCAGCGGGCAUGAAUGCCACUGAAAAAGUACAGCUGCGUGAGUUAAUAGACCGAAUUCGCAAAGAUAACCGCACCAUUUUGCUCAUUGAGCAUGAUGUGAAGCUAGUCAUGGGAUUGUGCGACCGCGUCACCGUUUUGGACUAUGGCAAACAAAUUGCUGAGGGCAAAACCACCACGAUGAAAGCCAUCACUGGGGGGCUCAACAUCCAAGGGGGGGAAAUCCUCUACAAAGGCAAAUCCAUCAAAAAACAAGGUGCCUGGGAUUUGGUAAAACAAGGUUUGGCCAUGGUACCUGAGGGACGAGGCAUUUUUACCCGCAUGACCAUUUUGGAAAACUUGCGUAUGGGCGCUUAUAUCCGUAACGACCACGCAGGUAUACAAAGCGAUAUUGAAAAAGUGUUUGCCACCUUUCCACGCCUACAAGAGCGCAAAGACCAAUUGGCUGGCACCCUCAGCGGAGGUGAACAGCAGAUGUUGGCUAUGGGACGUGCCUUGAUGAGUCGCCCGAGCCUGCUGUUGCUUGAUGAGCCUUCCAUGGGCUUAUCCCCCAUAAUGGUGGAUAAAAUAUUUGAAGUUGUUAAAGAGGUGUACAACCAAGGAGUUACUGUGGUUUUGGUAGAACAAAAUGCCAGUCGCGCGCUUUCUGUGGCAGACCGUGGGUAUGUCAUGGACUCAGGCAAAAUCACCCUCACUGGAAUAGCCAAAGACAUGCUCCAAGACCCCAAAGUACGCGCUGCCUACUUGGGAGAAUAA